UGUGUUAUUAUCAGAAGGUAUUGCACAACAACGGACACCAAACACAAAUAACGCGCUUGCCUAUUUGCUUUUGCUAUCUAUGCUGUGCACCGCAUAUUAUGUCUGGUAUUGUAAUACAAGCCCAACAAUAUCAGCCCUCCGCCGCCACCACUUUCCUCACAACCCCAGCAGCAGAUGCAUCUGAAGAAUCUGACCUCCUUCGUUCCAUACGUGCUGCCAUCCGAAGUUCCGGUACUAACACUGUAAACACAACUUUUAGCCCUCUCUUCGCAGGUGGAUCAGAGUCCUGGACAGACCAAGAACUUUCCUGGAACGACUAUUGCGUAGUCCUAAGCGAAGGAGGCGUCAUCAAGAGAAAAUGGGACCUCAGCCAAGAAAACCAAAUGAUCCAACACGCCUGCAUCGGAAAACUCCUGCAGCCGACAGGAUCCUCUCACCGGCAUGCACACGGUAGCGCGCACUACACGCGAUCGGACGAACCGCCCGGAACGACGAACAUCUUCGGGCCAUUCGCAUCGCUCAGGGAUGAAACGAAAACGGUCGAGGAUGUAGAGGAGGAGAUAUCAGGCGUGUUUAUUUUCCUGCGGAGCAUCGGCAAGGUUUUUUUGCGGAACGGGAUGGAUUAUACGUUUUCGCUUCCGUUUCUUGUUCAUAAAGCGUGGCCGCUUCGUCCUCAUGGCGUUCUGAUCCAGCGAAUCCUUCAUCCAACCGAAGUGGAGGAGGCUCGUGCGACCGGAGAUGAUUUGUUACCCACCAUAUUCACCAUCACGAGCGCUUUUUCGGAGCCUGAAGCUGUAGGAAUCACGAGUGGGAUUUUGGGAGGGUUUGGUGACGAGCCUGUUGCUUUAGUAGAUGAGGAAGAGAAUUGUUCCAAGCCGCUUGUUGCCGUUUCUGCUAGCGACGAGGUUGUCUGGGUUUCUCCUGGUGUUCCUAAUUCGACUGGCGAGUUUUUGGUUACCUUUGAUGCAGACAAAGGGGGUCUGUCUAUAUGGAGAUAUGCCUACUUGAAGCCCAAAGAUGCGCCUGUGCCUCUUACCCGGACCAGACGUCAUAGCACUUCGCGAAAGAGUGUGUCUGCUCCUGGGAAUAGGCGACAAUCGAGCGUUAGCGAUCUGUUGGAACUUGAUCGGCGUGUACCUCAGGACUUGGAGUUUGAUGGCGAUUUUCCUCCGCCGUUUCCCCCUAUAUCAGGACUUGCGUCUUCAACGGCAAGUAGUAUCACUGCUCAACCACCGAUACCGGGGAGAAAACGGGACUCUAUCACUCGCCUAGAUCUCAGUUUGACAAUGGACAGAAUGGCGCUUGGAGGACAGAAAGACGCGGAAGAGUUGAUCACUCCUGUGGAACAUGGAAGGAUGAAGGCGUCUUACUGGGCCCAGCAGUUGACCACUCAUCAUUUGGGAGGGAGACAAUUGUCGACGCAUGAUAUCUCUGUUGCGUUAUUUGAUCAACGCUUUGAUGGCAAGGUUCAUCACUCGCUCCUCGCAGUCUGCCUGCCUGAGGCUCAGGUGAUCGUCUUUAUGAUCGCCAUUGAGGAAGGCAAUAAAUCAUUUGUGGUCGAGAGACUCGGCACUCUGGAAGCCGUUGCAAUCGCGUCGAUACGUGCGACGCGUGGUGACAUUUGGGACCUUCUUGCGGUGAAGAAGGAUGGUUCGUUAUCGCUGUAUACUCAUGGAUUGCACGAGCUUCGUAUACGACUGAGGCUCGCGCAACCCUGGAACGGCGACAGCAACGAUUCAUUUGAGGUCGUCUCACUUGAUCAUGUUGUAGCAUUGAAGCAUGUUUGCGUCUCAUCGGUAUAUAUGGAGAUGAGUGAUGGAAAGGUCUAUUAUGCGCGACUGGACAUGACCCCGCGCGAUCCACUGGUGAUCCAGGCCAUACAGGUUCUGGCACUUGUGCUGCCAAAAGCUCAAGCCUUUGACCUGCAACGAAACUUUCUCGAGUCAUGGUCACAGCGUUAUUUCCGUACAUCGCCUGGGCUCGAGUUUCAGGAGUUCACGCUCGCGCUUUUCGCGCUUCUUGAGCUCAAGCUUGUAUAUCCUUUCAAAAAAGACGAGUCCACAAGUUCCUCUGUAUGGGAAAGAUUCUCAGCCUUGUCCACCUCUAAUCGUUCUUUCAACGACGAUCCGGCUCUCAAACGCUUGAAGCUUCCUACACCCCCGACCACGCAACAUUACUUCCUUUUCACUCUGAACGUCAACCCUCUCCUCGCCCCUGUGCUCUAUGCGUUGCACAUGUUGGCGGAGGACCUCCGCUUGGUGGUUUUUCGAUACGAAUCCCUCAUGUUACUCAUUCCUUUGAUAUGUCAAAUUGCACACAUCGUUCGACCAGAAUGGGCGGAUUACUGGAAGCGCCUCUGUCCUAAUAUCAUGCCAGGAUGGCCCGCCCCAACCACUACGCGUGUGGACAUGCUCGACGACCGCAUACCGGUCUGGCCACCAGAUAUGUCGGCGAUUCUUUAUGGAAGCAUAAGUAAUCCUGACUGGCAAUUUCCUGCGUAUGGAACCUCCCGACUGGCCCGAUCUUUUUCUAUCGAUCCAUCGUUUGCUUUUGGGGACACCGAACCGCUCGUGUCCUUGCAGCGUCUCACGGCAGCCUAUAUGUGUCUUGCUGACAAGACGGUGUUAUCCACACAAAAGCGGGCAGAACAGACUGUCGAAAAGCUCGUCGACAUACUUGGGACAGCGGAGAAGGGCUCUGCGUUUCUUAAUAGUCUUCCGUUUGGUAUCGCAGCGCCCUUGAGAGAAGCGGUUAGAACGUGCCAGCUGUCGCCUCCUUCUCAUUGGCGCAAGGAGCAUUAUGAGCUCAUUGGCAGGCGUGACUUGGCUUUUAGCGUUGCUGGAAUGCAGCCAGAGCUUUCUCAGAAGGGCAUCGCUCAGUCUCCCGAGACCUAUAUGAAUACCCACCGACGGAUGACGAUCGGCAGUCUGGCUGAACAGGCCAAGUCUGCGAGCAUUGGAGAGAUCGAUGCGGUUUCUGGAGUCGAGCUCGAUCUCAAGGGAUUCACGAAGAUCCGUUUUGGCCAAGAUCGCAGAUUGGAAGAGGUGGCUCGUAUGCUUUGUUCGUCAGCGGUUCCACCAGUUCGGCUUGUGGAGCGUCCGGAAUUGAACGAACAUGACCAAGCGAAGGAGCAACAGCAUCAAGUAGUUCGUAUCGCAGAGCGAACGCUGGCACUACCCUAUGGUCGUGCUAUGUUCACCUUUGGUUCUGUGUUGACGGUCACGAAAGAGGCCUAUGUCACUCCCAAGAUGGAGUAUGCGGUUAAGAUACAACCAUCAAAUGUCACUUCUGCACCCGAACUUGGAAAGAUACCUGUCGAAUGCCUCAACUGGGGCGAGUUCCAUAAUGGUGUCGCUGCAGGACUACGCAUCUCUCCAGAAGCUCGUGGUGUGGAGAGUUCGUGGAUCGCCUUUAACAAGCCUUCUGAGCUCACCCCAGAACAUGCCGGUUUCUUGUUUGGCCUUGGGCUCACGGGGCACCUCAAGGAAAUGCUCACAUGGCAUACCUUUGCAUAUCUAACCCCAAAGCAUGACUUGACCUCCAUUGGCGUCUUGCUUGGUUUAUCAGCCGCGAACGCUGGGACAGGCAAUCGCCAUGUGACAAAGUUACUUGCCGUUCAUACCCCAGCCUUGCUUCCUACGCAAAACGUUGACCUGAACGUAUCCCUCAUGACCCAAGCCGCCGGUUUGGCGGGAGUCGGAAUUCUGUACCUCGGUACCAAAAACAGGCGCAUGGCAGAAGUGUGUCUUCACCAAAUCAGCCGAAGAGACCUCGUGCAACCGGACCUCAGCAAUGAACACCGGGAAGCUUAUACUUAUUGUGCAGCCUUGGCCUUUGGGAUGAUAAUGCUGGGUCAAGGCUCCUCCGUUCCUGCAGAUCUCUCAUCGCUCGAUCGUCUCCGCGUUCUUGUGCACGGCGAAGGAAAGUCAGUUGUGAAUUCCCAAGCACGGUCCACAUUCGAUGUCAAUAUCACCUCGCCAGCAGCUUCUAUUGCACUUGGGUUGAUGUAUCUCAAGACAGAGCGACGAGACGUCGCUGACAUCCUGGUGAUUCCUAGCACGGUCUUGGAACUGAACCGCAUACAGCCUAGCUUUUUGCUCAUGCGGACUAUUGCAAGAUCCUUGAUCAUGUGGAACGACAUCGCCUCGACGCCGCAGUGGUUACUUGCUCAAGUUCCCGAAUCUAUCGUGAAGGCCAUGCAUGGUCACGUACGAGGAAAACCGGCUGACGAUGCUAUCGAGCUUGCCUAUUACAACAUCAUCGCGGGUUGUUGUUUUGUUAUUGGCUUGAAGUACGCAGGGACAGCACGUCAUGAGGCAUAUAUUAUGCUCUCGAAUUAUUUUGAUACGUUCAGUAGAUUUGUGGCAGCUAGUGGCCCUACCUUUGAUCACAAGAUCAAACGCUCUGCCGUUCGUGAAGGCUUGAACCUCAUUUCCAUUGCGCUUUGUAUGGUCAUGGCGGGUACAGGGGAAAUCACAUGCUUGCGACGUCUGAGAUAUGCAUAUGGCAUGUAUCACCAAGCGUUUCGAUAUGGUGUCCAUGUUGCGACUCACCUGUCGCUUGGCUUAUUAUUCCUCGGGGCCGGUCGGUAUACCCUCGGGACUUCGAAUGCCGCGAUUGCUUGUAUGGUCGUUGCCUUUUUCCCCCGUUUCCAUCACGUAUCAUCGGACAACAAGAGCUAUCUCCAGGCUCUUCGCCACCUCUGGGUUCUUGCAGUCGAGCCUAGAUGUCUUAUGGCACGGGAUGUUAAUACCAGAGAAGCGGUCUAUCUCCCGGUCAAAAUUACUACGAAAGAAGGUGCUGAAAAGGGUGCAACGCAGUUGAUAUCGCCCACGUUGAUACCGGAUUUCAACAAGAUUUUGUCCAUUAGAAUUGAUACGCCCCGCUAUUGGCCUUUCUUUGUGGAUCUCGAACACGUACCACAGCAUAGGAGAAGCCUGUUAAAGCACCAAACGUUGUACGUGAAGCGACGGACGGCUUUCUUGAGCUAUACGGAGGACCCUAGGGGAAGUAGAAGUCUUUUCGUUCGCUCUGGUUCAUCGGCUGGAGAUGCUGCGACUUUAGACUUUCCGCAAUUGACGGACACGAAGGUACACCCCGCAAGCGACCUGACUCAUUUCAUCUCAUCUUUCUCCAACGACAUCCUAUUUCUUGCUUUCGCAGACCAUUUCUCGCGCGAGGACGGUAAGACAGUCGAUGAAGGGGUCUUCCACAAUUACUGUCACGCUGUGCUGCUUGAUAGCAUUCUUCAGGAUAAGAUGGAAACACUGCAGUCCCAUCUCAUGCUUUAUCAGUAUCGGACUCAAUCAUCAUCGAACAACUACUUCCAUCUCCGACUGCAAGACCUCCGUUUUGCGGUCGACUUUUACAGCAAAGUCUACGAUCGGCGAUUCAGCGGGAAAUCAGAAAAUAAUAUUCGGCCCUCUCUUAUUCGCGAAAACACAGUUUCCGGCGCAUUGCAGGCUUUGGAUGAGCGCCUGACAGAAGUGCAAAGCUCCACAGCGCUUAACGCGGUGUUUGGGAGAUAUGCUCGUGGGGAACUUAUAGUGGAGUCUGAAGAUGCCCCUGAGGUAUCGCGUUGGUUGGCUUGGUAUCUGCUGCGCCAUGGUGUUCCGUCUGCAUCGCUGCUAGUGAUCCUGAAGCAACUUGCACAGGAUGCUCAUGCACAAUGUGCCGCACCUGGGAAUGUUGAUUUGAGGACGUUGGAUGAGGGGAUAAAAGAAGUUCUAAGAGGAACAGGGACGAAGAUGAAUACGGUGUUUGGAUCUGGGUGGUCGGGUCCGUCUUUGGAGAGGGUUAUUGAUGCAUGGCAGAGACAUUCGUAAGGCAUGCGACGUUGACGAAGAAGAAGAUGCAGCAGAUGCUGAUACAGUACUAAUACAUUAAUUGCAAUUAGAGACUUCGCCAACGGUGCCGGUGUU